AUGAAUGCGCAGGGGAUUGGGGGCACCAGCACGGUGGUGGAGUGGUCUUCCAUGGCUCCCACAGCAGACGAUGACGCAGGUGAAGCUGCUGACGAGCCACCUAGUGACGCUCCAGCGAUGAGGGGCUUAGAUUUUCUCAGAGGGCUGCAUCAGAACCCUCCGCCCGUCAGCACUGCAGGCCCACCAUCAAGCACCGGCGAAAAACAUCCGCCUGCUCGUCCACCUGGUACAUCUGGCGGUGAGCCCGAGAGUGCUCCCGCCACCGUCAGCGUGACGGAGGUGGGCGAGUCUUCGUCUGCCGCCGCACGGAAAAAACGCCGAUUUGCACAAACCGUGCUCCCGUUCGGCACGCCCCCUCCGAAGCCGACUCCAUCACCGGCACCCGACAAACCUCCCUCGCGGGUGUCUCGUGUUCUCACCGAUGCCGAAAAGGCCGAGGCGAAGUUUGACAAGGCACUGCAGCUGUACAUCACGCAGUGGCUACCCAAGUUUGAAUGGUUGCUGCUUGACAAGAACGAGGACGGGUUGCCCGUCUUGCGAUGCAGCAUAUGUGUGGAGCACGGGAAAGACGAUGCGAAAUUUGGUCGCAACGGGCCGGGGGGGCGGGAUCCUCAACCUGGCUCUAUGCGCUGUCACGAGCUGAGCGUUCGCCGCGACGAUGCGUUGAAGAAGCAGCGGACGCUUAUGGCGGAGAUUGAGACGCAGAAGUGGUUGGACGACUUUGCAAACGCCGACAAGGAGGGUGCGCGGCUGACUCGUCUCAUGCGGGCCGUAGACUUCAUCUGCACCCACGACGCGCCAAUCGCCAUGUUCCCUCAGCUCGUACAGUUCAUGGCCGAAGAGGGAGUUGAAGACAUUCCGUUGAAGUCAUACGGGGUCUACAUCUCACCGUAA